AUGCUUCUCGGAGCCUCUUGGCUGUGCGCUUCCAAGGCGGCCGCCGCUGCUGCGCAGAGCGAGGGUGACGACGAGAGGCCGGGUGAACGGCGGCGGCGGCGGGCGCCGGCCACGGCCGCGGUGGGCGAGGAGAUGGACGAGUCCUCGCUGCUGGACCUGCUGGAGUGCUCUGUGUGCUUGGAGCGCCUGGACACCACCGCCAAAGUGCUGCCCUGUCAGCACACCUUUUGCCGCCGCUGCCUGGAGAACAUCGUGUGCUCCCGCCACGAGCUGCGCUGUCCCGAGUGCCGCAUCCUGGUGGGCUGCGGUGUGGAUGAACUGCCGGCCAACAUCUUGCUGGUGCGCCUGCUGGACGGCAUCCGCCAGAGGCCCCGUGCGGGCGGCAGCGGCACGGGGAGCGGCAGCAGCAGUAACGGCAGCAGCCCCCCGGCGCGCCCCAGUCCCGGAGCAGCCCCCGCGCUAGGGGGCGGCGGCGGCGGGGCGGCAGGCAGCGCCCCUGGCUCCCCCGUCUUCCUUCCCGUGGAGGCGGCGGCCGGCAGUGCCACCUCCAGUCUGCGGGAGCUGGCCGCUGCCAGCAGGAACGCGCCUUUGGCAAAGCAACCCUGUAUACUUCCCUAUGGAAAAGCCCUCUACAGUUAUGAGGGGAAAGAACCUGGUGACCUCAAGUUUAACAAGGGGGACAUCAUCAUCCUGCGACGAAAGGUGGACGAAAACUGGUACCAUGGAGAGCUCAGCGGCAAUCAGGGCUUCCUCCCCGCCAGCUACAUCCAGUGCCUCCGACCCUUGCCGCAGGCCCCGCCCCAGGGCAAAGCACUUUAUGAUUUUGAGAUCAAGGACAAAGACCAAGACAAGGACUGUCUGACCUUCACCAAGGAUGAAAUUUUGACUGUGAUCAGAAGAGUCGAUGAUAACUGGGCAGAAGGGAUGCUGGGAGACAAGAUUGGGAUUUUCCCUCUCCUGUAUGUGGAGCUCAACGACUCCGCCAAGCAGCUAAUUGAGACGGACAAGACGUGCUUAGGUGCCGAGUCCGGCUGCGACGCCUCCAUGCCCACUGACCCCAGCGCGGCGGCCACUCUGGCCCCGAGUUCCACUCUAAGCAGCACCGGAGCGGUCAGUGCAUUUCAGCGGCGUAUUGAUGGCAAGAAGAAUGCCAAGAAACGCCACUCCUUCACUGCGCUCAGUGUGACACACAAGUCCUCCCAGGCCGUGAGCAAUAGGCAUUCCAUGGAAAUUAGUGCUCCGGUUCUGAUCAGCUCCAGCGAUCCGCGGGCUGCGGCCAGAAUCGGAGAGUUGGCUCACCUGUCACCCAGUCCUCCAGCCCAGGACUCCACCUCCUCCAUUGGAUCUACCACCAUGGUUGUUCCGAGAGCUGGCGCAGCGACUGGCGAGCAGGCAACGUCUCCCAAAGUCCAGCUACCCCUCAACGUGUACCUGGCGCUUUACGCCUACAAACCCCAGAAGAAUGAUGAGCUGGAGCUACGCAAAGGCGAGAUGUACCGAGUCAUUGAGAAGUGCCAAGACGGCUGGUUCAAGGGGACAUCCCUGAGGACUGGAGUCUCAGGAGUGUUCCCCGGAAACUACGUGACUCCUGUCUCCAGGGUCCCUGUAGGAGGAGCUGCAGCACCCCGGAAUAAUGUAAUUGGAGGGUCUCCACUGGCCAAAGGCAUGACUACAACCAUCCACCCAGGUGGUGGAAGUCUGAGUAGCCCAGUCACUACCACCAGACCUGCCCUUCCAGUCACCACACCUCAGGCCUCAGCGUCUCCCCCAACGGGCAGUUGUCUGCGACACUCAACCCAGCCAGUGACCAGCCAAGGCCGGAGUACUGUCCCAACAGCUGCCCACGCCUCAGCUCAGGCUCAGGACCGACCAACGGCCACAGUGUCACCUCUGCGCUCCCAGAACUCUCCAUCCCGCCUGCCAGCUGCCAGCCUUAGGCCCCACUCUGGGGUCUCCCCACAGCACGUCCACCCAGCCCCGAUCCAAGUGGUCCUUGGGGCCCAGUGCCCCCGGACCACCAUCCCUCUCACAUCAGCAGCAUCAGCCAUCACUCCACCCAACGUCAGCGCUGCCAACCUCAACGGGGAGGGCGGAGGCGGGCCCAUCAGUGGCCUGUUGACUUCCAGCCCCACCAACACAGGAUACAAAGCAGACGAGAAGAAAAACGAAAAGAAGGAGAAAAAGAGUGGGCUGCUGAAACUUCUAGCGGGAGCAUCAACCAAAAAGAAGUCACGUUCCCCACCAUCAGUGUCUCCGACUCACGACCCCCAGGGGGCAGUGGACACCUCACUCCAGGGCGCCAUGGGACCAGAAGUGUCCUCACUGUCCAUCCAUGGGAGGGCGGGCUCUUGCCCCAUCGAGAGCGAGAUGCAAGGUGCGAUGGGAUUGGAGCCUCUGCACAGAAAGACGGGCUCCUUGGAUCUGAACUUCUCUUUGUCUCCUUCGAGGCAAGUGCCUCUAUCCAUGGCUGCUAUCCGCCCCGAGCCCAAGCCGUUGUCCCGAGAGAGGUACCGUGUGGUGGUCUCGUACCCCCCUCAGAGCGAGGCGGAGAUUGAGCUGAAGGAAGGUGACAUUGUGUUCGUGCACAAGAAACGCGAGGACGGCUGGUACAAGGGGACCCUGCAGCGGAACGGCCGCACCGGCCUCUUCCCGGGCAGCUUUGUGGAGAGCUUCUGA